AAAGGGGCCCCUUUAUUUCCCUCUAUAACUUAGGUACGGAUGUAUGGUGUGUGUAGUGUGUCUCACGUCCCUGGCCAAAAGACUAAGCUCAACAGGCAGACAGUGUCUCUCUCAUUUCUCAUGGUUCAGCGAAGACCACCACCACCAUCAUCAACCACUCUACCAACUACCAAAAUCAACUACUCUGCAAGCCAAAGCAACUAAAGUGGCAGCAGUUGCAUUACUGCUGUGCGCUGCUGUCUCAACAAAUUCGAAUUUCAAGUUUUCAGUUGCGAGAUGGCUGCGCGCCUUACCGUCGUCGUUAUAUCAAACACUCUUCGCGCUCACGUCUGUCGUGCGUCGUCACGCCAAGUAAUAGCACUCACUAUAUUCGUAUCUGCAGCAGCAGUGAUAGCAUUAACGGCAGCGCAAGCGGCAGCAACAAAAGCAGAGUAGAGUAGAAGCAACAGCAGCAGAAGCAGCAGCAGCAAACAAACAGCUGGUGAUCGCGCAGAAGAAGGCCACUACUGACCUACUAAGAUUUGUCUCAACCACAUACUAUUCCGGGGCUCACUUUUUCUUGUUUGCAGUUUGUCACAGUCAAAUGUGCGACGUUCGUUGGUGAUGACGGGACGAAUAAUAAUAAGAAAAAGUUUUUCUUACACUUUGUUUUUUUUUUUUUAUUUGAUUUUGUGAUCGCGGAGUCUUUUGCGUUGGUUUUUUUUGGACUCUUCUCUAUCGAGUUCUAGGUGUUGAAUUAUUUAGAUUGAUUUACAUCUUUUUCCAUUUUUGUUUGGUCCGAACAAAAACAAAUCGUAUUGAUUUCGAAAGUAAAAAUCGCAAAAAAAUGUAAAGUGUAUUCACGCCAGCAGUGGUGACUACGAUGAUGUUCUCGGUGCAUUUCUUAAAGAAAUUCACGUGUGAAAGUUAUAAAAAUAAGUGUACAUGAAAAAAAUUGUUGAAGUUUUAAAUAAAAAAGAGAAAAAAAGAAAUAUUUACAUAUCCAGCUACAAAGUUGAAUGGAAAAAGUGUUUAUAAUCAGUGUUCGUGAAUGUUUUAUGAAAAUAUUAGCUCAAAGCAAGGAAUACAUACAAAUGCGGCAUGUAAACAUGGACAGAGGAUUUAAAUUUGCUAACAAAUUUAGGGGGCAUUUCCUGUUCCUUUUACUUUUUGCCAUUACCGUCCAUCGAUCUGUGGCAUUCGGUUUCGAUUCAGCCAAUUCAUGUAGUCCGAAUAAAAUGUCACGACGUGGGAGAGCUCAACUGGUUGCCACGAUACCAUGUGAUCUUUCACGUCAAGCCUAUUGCCAUUUACCAGGAGCGGCAUAUCCAUGGCAUGCUGUGAGGCGAUUUGUCCACGAGAAUCAGGGUCUCAUGAAGAGAAUGUACGGUGAUGUGAAACACAUAUCCAUAUUGAGAACUGAAAUUCAGAAUAAUGAUAUCGAUGUUGAAGAUCUGGAAUUGGCUGCGGCGAGAUAUUCCAGAGAUGGUUUUCGAAGGACAAAAGUUAUGCACAAUCAAUUUGAAAGCAAUCGAAAUAAUGAUGUUGUGAAAGAGCCUCAUUUUAGGCCAGUUUCAUCGUCGUCGUCGUCGCCAAGUACAACUACAGUUGAGCUGAGCAGUACCGUCAGUAGUAGUACUGGCAGCACAACGACAACUCAAAUCCCCGUAACUACGGAUGAAGCCACAACUAUACCCACUGAGCCAGGAACUACACUCAAUGCUGAUCUUGGUCCACCUACAACUUCCACAACUCAGAAGUUGGAAAUUCAAAAACUCGUGAACGCCACAACUGAAGGAUCCAAGAGAUCAACCUCCAAGUUGGAUGAUGUUGAAUUUCUUGAAUCAGAUGAGGAAGAGGAUGAUAAUGACGACGAUGAUGAUGUGGAAAGUCUAGAAUCGAACAGCGUAUAUGAGCCGACUUCGCCAAGUGCACCAACCAAAGGUGAAAAUAUACAAAUUGUCGAUUCACCGAAUCUCGUCUUGAGCAAUAUCACAGCUACGAUAUCCACAACUUUGAAGGUAGCUUCUCCACCCAUUAUCAAAAAUGAACCAACCUCACCCGCAACAAUGCCACUCCGUUCAACCGAAGCAGAUAAAGUCUCCCAGACGAUUAAUCUUAUUGCGAAUUUGACUAAGCUGCGGGUAAAUGGUUUUGCGGCUACCACGCCCCUUAAGGCUACCGCUGUCAGUAGUACCAUCAACAGCAGCGUGAAUAACCUUCAUAAUCUUUAUAAUAAUGCCCCAACAGAGCCAACAACUGCUAAGCUUACUGAAACAAAGAAGCCAACGAUUGUAUUGCCUGUGGUGGCAAAGCCAGUAGUUCGAGAUGGACAACUCUUCCAGGACACGUUCCAGAAGGAACCUUUGCAAGUUGGUAAUUUGAAGGGAAUCAAUGCUUGUCCUGUAAAAGAGGAAGUGGUGGCUCCAUUUUGGGCCAACAACACUCGUGGUGAAGUUCUGGCUUUGUUAAAUCUAUACCCAUUCGAACAGUACGUCCACUGGGAGAAAUGCACCCACGAAUUGAAACAAAUGUACUGUCGCGAUGGAUGUCGUUGCGAGCAACAGUAUCGCCUCCAUCGACUUCUUGCCUACGAUCCACACAAUGAAUGCCGCGGUAUCUUCUCCGAUUGGUUUCGAUUUCCAUCGUGUUGCAUCUGCAAGUGUUAUGAUAUUCCAUCGGAGUUUAGAGCCACCUCGAGAAGUCCUCGAUCCGAGGCAGAUUAUCGACAUCCAGCUGAAAUAGCUGAAGCUGAAGUUCGAAAAGCCGUUUACGAACAUGCUUCAGAAGAUUGGUAUAGACCUAAAGAUGAACUUGAUUUAUACGAUUAGAUAAUUUUUAAUUAAUAUUUAUUUUGUGAUUGAGUUUAUUUUUUUUUUAUUAUUAUUUUGUAUACUAGUCGAAAAAGAAUUGAACACAACUUUAAAUUUGUGUAGUUUGUAAAUAUUUAUAUAUAUUCAAAAAUAUAUCAAUCAAAAUGAGCGAAUGUACCUUGAACAAAAAAUACUGAUUUUUUCCAACUCAAAAAAUUAAAUAGGCUUAAAUUUAGGGUUUUCCAUUAAGAAGUUUUAUUUUGAAUCUCCUUCGAUUUGGACAUCUAUCAGUUUUGAAGUUGUCAUAUUUUUUAGUUUUGACAAGUCAAAACUACACGUUUACUAAAAAUGCAACUAUACACACUUGAAAAGUGCAUUCAUACUGAUUAAAUUCACAACAAAAAAGUCACGAAGCAAAGGAAUUUUGCAAGAAAAGUUUACUGACUUUAUUAUAAUUAAUAAACAGUCGUUUAUUAAUUUAUUUAAAUGAAACCACUUAUUGGAAAACACUAUAAAUGAUACGCCUGGCUAUCAUUAAGUUGGAAUAAUAAGUUUUAUAAAUAUUAAGUAGCAUCUUAGUUUAAUUUGUAUGUACAUUUUUUUUUUUUUUUUGCUCUUAGAAAAAUAUUGGCCAUAUAAACUUAUCCAACCCAAUUAUAUUAUGCACCAGAACUAUAAUUAAAUAAAUUAUUAUUAAAGAAAAUAUUUUCAUGACAAUCAUUUGAGGGUACAAUGGUACAUAUUUAUAGUUUUUGUUUUAAAAGAUAGAAACAAUUCGAAAGGGAUACCCCCUACGCAGAUGUUGGUUUGAAAUCCGUCUAAUUCCUGUUUCUAUGUAAACUUAUCUGAAAACAAAAAUGCUUGUUGAGCACUUGCAUACAAUUUAUUUAAAUUUUCAAGCUUAUUUUGAUUUUGUUCGUUUGAGAUAUGAAAAAAUUGGGGUUUUUAACAGAAUUAAAAAAAUUUUAUUUGUGGAUAUGACUUUCAUGUAGAAAUGAGAUGAAUUAACCACAAUUUUCAAUCGUUCUUUUUUAGCUUUAUUUUCCUAUAAACCCUAAUCCUCCAUAUAAAUGAAUGGCAAAGUUUCUUUUGACAUUAUUUUCAAUUCCAAUGUUCGAAGAUGGGAAAAAUAGCGAGAAAAUAUCACGCAAGAUAGAACUCCUUACCCCAACCCCGUUCAGUUCUAGAGCUUACACGAUAAAGUCAACCAAUUGCCAUUUUUAACAUAGUUCUGUUUUUAGUUUAAUUAGUCAAGUCUUUAAUUUUAACUAUUUUACUUUUGAUUCAAUCAUCAGCAUCUGCUAGACGAAUGGAACGGGAUUCGCAAUCGAAGACGUCAUCCAGUUGUGCACUUAAAUGUUUUGGACAUCAAGGUCUAAGCCAUCUAAAUUCGUUUCAAGUCUAACCAUUAUCUGACUACCAUAGAAUGUACUAAAAAUAUAACUUCUAGUCGAUUUCUAUUUUCUCAUGCUCAGUGAAGUCUAUCAAGUUUUACAAAAUACGUUUCGAGGUAGAAUGCGUUCAGUUCAUGAUUGUAGCAUCUCUAGAAUUGUCCAUUACCACCAACAAUUCUACGCAUAUGUUACUAUUGGCAAGACCAAAGUUUAAAAAAACUGAGUCUUAAUUGGACUUUCUUAAACCAUUUCUUGAACAACUUCUUAUUCAAAAUAUUUUGCCCGAGACUACUUUUUUCGAAUGUUCGUCUUCAUUAAGAAUUUACUUAAUAAGAAUUCAAUUUAAUUAAUUCUUUAUCGGCUAUUCAACAUUAUCUCAGGCACGACAAAGAAGAUUCGUGCUGCAAAUGCCAUCAAGAAAGUAUUAGAUCUGCUAUUACUUUUUUAAAUAUUGCCACGGAACUACAAACUUCAUUACAAAGUACUUGGAGACUGUAUGCACCAUUUAAAUGUCUUUCAAAACCACAAUUACUUUGAGCUCCGAGAUAAAUUCAGUAAGAAAAAUAAGAAAUGAGCAUUUUUACUUGUUGGAACGAUUUGCUUCGAUGGCACGCGUUAAAGAAUCUCAUAUAACUCCUCUCGUUUUUGAAAAGCUAACGAUAGUAUUCGUCUCGUUUUUUAUAGAAUCUAGGCCCUGUUUAUUAAGUUUUUAUUUCAGCAAGAAGUUCCUUAAAAAUUAAUAGAAUGCAGAUAUUUGAGUCCCUGUACUGGUACAUAUAACUUUCUAGUACACGAAGAAAGGAGUUUUACUUGUACUUAAAACAAUUAUACCUAUUUCAUAACUUUUUAGGCCUUGGCAAUUUUGCAGUAUAGCUUCUAAAAUAGCACAAAAAGUGAACUUUUUAGGCCUUGGCAAUUUUGCAGUAUAGCUUCUAAAAUAGCACAAAAAGUGGUUGUCAUGAAUUUUGGUAUCUUAAAU